AAAAGCAAUCUUAAUUAAUUCCUCAUGCAAAGGAUUACAGCAGGAGCCACCACCACCACAGCCACGACCGUCAUUGCAAUUAACGCCGGUCGAAAUAGCCAACACGCCGUGAAAUGGGCUGUGGAUCACAUUUUGAAGAAGAAUUCAAAUUGCAUUCUCAUUCAUGUUCGUACCAAGCCCAUGCAUUCCAAUGAUUAUUUUGAUGAUGUUCCUAAACAUGGUCGUCCACCGACUCAAGAAGAAUUGCAUCAAUUCUUUCUUCCCUUCAGAGGAUUUUGUGCUAGAAAAGGGAUAGAGGCAAAGGAAUUGGUGUUACAUGACAUUGAUGUUCCCAGUGCGCUUACUGAUUACGUUGUUGAAAACUCUAUCAACAAUAUUGUUGUUGGUGCUUGCACUUCCCCUUGGAGUGCUAUUAUAAGGAGAUUUAAAGAUAUAGAUGUGGCAUCUACCUUAGCCAAAUCUUUGCCAGAAUCAUGCACAUUGUAUGUUAUAUCAAAAGGAAAAGUACAAAAUAUUCGACCAACAGGGAAUCCUAUUCCUCAUCAUCAAAAGAAUAAUCAACCUCAAAAUGAUGAAGCCACACCAACAAGAUCUAUAAGAGACAUAUUUACACUCUUGCAGAAUGCUCAAUUGAUUAAUCGAAAUAAGUUUCUUGCUGAUUCCCUUGAUUAUGAAGAUGUAAACAGGAAACCAUUGAAAGAUGCCAUUGAUAGAGACAACAGUAUCAAAGUUUGGGAAUCAUUACAUGAUAUGAAAGAAGGUAUACUAAUGACACCACAUAAUAAUAAACCCAAUAUUGAUGAUUUAACUUCACCAAGAGGUCCAAGAUUAUCGGCAGGAAGCUCAUCAUCACUAACUUCAUCAAAUAGAAGUUCUCCUUCCAAUAGUACUGACAGUUAUGCAGGGAGACAUGGAAAUCAUGAAGGAAUAAACUCAGACAGUUCUAAGGGCUUAUUUUCUUCAAAGCCACCAUUACAGAUAGGCAUCGAGGCAGAAAUCAAAAAAUUAAAACUAGAACUGAAGAAAACAUCAGAGCAAUAUGGUAUGGCUUGCAGAGAAGUUGUUUUAGCAAAACUGAAGGCAACGGAGCUCGAAAACUUUAGACGAGAAAAAGUACACAAUGUAGAAAAAGCAAGGCAAGCUGAAGAGGCUGCAUUAGCUUUGGCAGAAGAAGAAAGACAGAGAGCGAAGGCGGCUUUGGAGUCAGCAGAAAUGUCAAAACGCCUUGCAGAAAUGGAAACUCAAAAGAGAAAGCUAGCCGAGUUAAAAGCGAAACACGAGGAAGAAGAGAGGAGAAGGACAUUACAAAAAGUUGUGUAUAAUAGCAUUCCAUAUAGAAGAUACGAUAUUAAAGAAAUUGAGGUUGCAACUAAUGGUUUUGACAAUGCACUUAAAAUUGGUGAAGGAGGGUAUGGACCUGUUUUUAAAGGAGUGCUUGAUCACACUGUUGUUGCCAUAAAGGUUCUUAGACCAGAUUUAGCACAUGGAGAAAGGCAAUUUCAACAAGAGGUUCUUGUUUUGAGCGCCAUAAGACAUCCCAACAUGGUACUCCUUCUAGGUGCAUGUCCAGAGUUUGGUUGCCUUGUGUAUGAACACAUGGAAAACGGUAGUUUAGAAGAUCGUUUAUUCCACAAAGACGGCACUCCACCGAUUCCAUGGAACAACCGUUUCAAAAUUGCAUUAGAAAUUGCCACUGGCCUUCUUUUCCUUCAUCAAAGAAAGCCUGAGCCACUAGUCCACCGCGAUCUUAAACCAGCAAACAUUCUCUUAGACAGAAACUAUGUCAGCAAGAUCAGCGAUGUUGGUUUGGCGCGACUUGUUCCGCCUUCGAUAGAGAACAAAACAACUCAAUAUCGAUUGACAGGUGCAGCUGGAACAUUUUGUUACAUUGAUCCAGAAUAUCAACAAACUGGAAUGUUGGGUGUGAAAUCGGAUAUAUAUUCAUUAGGUAUGGUUUUGCUACAGAUUAUUACUGCAAAGCCUCCAAUGGGUUUGUCACAUUUGGUUGAAGAGGCUAUACAAAAAGGGAACUUCAGUGAUGUGCUUGAUCCAAGUGUUCCUGAUUGGCCUAUUGAAGAGGCUUUGUCAUUUGCAAAGUUGGCAUUAAAGUGUUGUGAGUUGAGAAAACGGGAUAGACCUGAUCUUGGUACUGUUAUUUUGCCUGAGCUUAAUAGAAUAUCACAGAUUUGGGAAUGUGAUGAGGAUUGAGUAGCCAUUCACAUUUAUUUGUUGAUUACAAACUUUCAUUUCUGAAUUUUUGAAAGGACUGCAUGUCCAUGUAGUUGUUGGUGCAAUGACUCAAAUUUAUUAAACUUUGUUUCUAUAUUUUUUUUUUAUCAUAAAAAAGAUGUACAUAUUUUAUGUUGUUAUUGAGGUUGUAUCUUGCACUCAUA